CGGGCGGCGGCGGCGGCGGCGGCGGCGGCGGCGAUGAGCGACAUAGUGGAGAAGACGCUGACGGCGCUGCCGGGACUCUUUUUGCAGAACCAGUCGGUUGGCGGGCCCGCGGGCGUCAAGGCUUCUUUCUCUUCGCGGCUGGGCGGCCUCGUCCGCGGCAUCACAGCGCUAACCUCCAAGCACGAGGAAGAGAAACUAAUCCAACAGGAAUUGAGUAAUCUGAAAGCAACUGUUUCUGCUCCUACUACAACACUGAAAAUGAUGAAGGAAUGUAUGGUGAGACUUAUAUAUUGUGAAAUGCUUGGAUAUGACGCUUCCUUUGGCUAUAUACAUGCAAUCAAGUUGGCACAACAAGGAAACCUUUUAGAAAAGAGAGUAGGUUAUUUGGCUGUCUCUUUAUUUUUACAUGAAAGUCAUGAACUGCUGCUUCUCCUUGUGAAUACAGUUGUAAAGGAUUUGCAGAGCACUAAUCUGGUAGAAGUAUGUAUGGCACUUACUAUUGUCAGCCAGAUUUUCCCUCGAGAAAUGAUUCCAGCUGUUCUUCCAUUAAUUGAAGAUAAACUUCAACAUUCUAAGGAGAUUAUACGAAGAAAAGCUGUUCUGGCAUUAUAUAAAUUCCAUCUUAUUGCUCCUAAUCAAGUACAGCAUAUCCAUAUUAAGUUUCGGAAAGCACUUUGUGACAGAGAUGUUGGGGUCAUGGCUGCUUCUUUGCACAUAUACUUUAGGAUGAUUAAGGAGAAUUCAUCUGGAUAUAAAGACUUGACGGGGAGUUUUGUGACAAUUUUGAAGCAAGUAGUUGGAGGAAAGCUCCCAGUAGAUUUCAAUUACCACAGUGUGCCAGCGCCAUGGUUACAAAUCCAGCUCUUGAGAAUAUUAGGACUACUAGGAAAAGAUGAUCAAAGGACAAGUGAAUUAAUGUAUGAUGUUCUUGAUGAAUCCUUACGAAGAGCCGAGUUAAAUCACAAUGUCACAUAUGCGAUUCUGUUUGAAUGUGUGCAUACAGUUUAUUCUAUUUAUCCUAAAUCAGAAUUACUUGAGAAGGCUGCCAAGUGCAUUGGAAAAUUUGUUCUUUCACCUAAAAUAAAUCUCAAGUAUUUAGGACUGAAGGCUCUUACCUAUGUUAUACAGCAGGAUCCCACUUUGGCUCUUCAGCACCAGAUGACAAUAAUUGAAUGCUUAGACCAUCCUGAUCCCAUUAUUAAAAGAGAGACACUGGAACUUCUUUACAGAAUUACUAAUGCACAGAAUAUAACAGUGAUUGUCCAGAAAAUGCUUGAAUAUUUACAUCAGAGCAAAGAAGAAUAUAUUAUUGUCAAUUUGGUUGGCAAAAUAGCUGAGCUUGCUGAGAAAUAUGCCCCUGAUAAUGCAUGGUUUAUUCAGACUAUGAAUGCUGUGUUUUCAGUGGGAGGAGAUGUCAUGCAUCCUGAUAUUCCCAAUAACUUUUUGAGACUGCUGGCGGAAGGUUUUGAUGAUGAAACAGAAGACCAGCAAUUAAGGCUUUAUGCAGUUCAGUCUUAUCUCACUUUACUAGAUGUGGAAAAUGUGUUCUACCCACAGAAAUUUCUUCAAGUUAUGAGUUGGGUGUUAGGGGAAUAUUCCUACCUCUUAGAUAAAGACACACCAGAGGAAGUUCUAACCAAGCUCUACAAGUUACUUAUGAAUGACUCCGUUUCUUCAGAAACAAAAGCCUGGUUAAUCGCUGCUGUUACCAAGCUGACGCCCCAAGCACACUCUUCUAACAUAGUGGAGAGAUUAAUCCAGGAAUUCACCAUAUCUUUGGAUACUUGUAUGAGACAGCAUGCAUUUGAAUUGAAACACUUACGUGAGAAUUUGGAACUUAUGAAGAGUUUGCUUCCAGUUGAUAAAAGCUGUGAAGACAUGGUGGUGGAUGCUUCUUUAUCUUUUCUGGAUGGUUUUGUGGCUGAAGAACUUAGUCAGGCAGCACCUUACAAACCUCAUCACCAACGGCAGGAGGAAAAGCUUUCUCAGGAAAAAGUUCUCAAUUUUGAACCAUAUGGACUCUCCUUUUCUUCAUCUGGCUUCACUGGACGACAGUCUCCUGCUGGCAUUUCCCUUGGUUCAGAUAUAUCUGGGAAUAGUGCAGAGACUGGACUGAAGGAGACAAAUAGCUUGAAGCUGGAAGGUAUAAAGAAAUUGUGGGGGAAAGAGGGCUAUCUUCCUAAGAAGGAAGGUAAAACUGGGGAUGAAACUGAAGCUCUGCCUGUUCCUCAAGAGAGCAUAAUAAUGGAGAACGUAGACCAAACUAUAACAAAAAAGGAUCAGUGUCAAGUCCUUACCCAAUCUAAAGAGGAGAAAGAAAAGCAGCUGCUGGCAUCAUCGUUAUUUGUUGGGCUAGGAUCAGAAAGUACAAUCAAUUUGCUAGGAAAAGCAGAUACUGUAUCUCACAAAUUCAGAAGGAAAUCAAAAGUCAAGGAAACCAAAAGUGGAGAAACAACCAGUGCUCAUAAUAUCACCUGUUCUUACUUUAGUUCUUCGUCAAAUGCAACUUAUGAAGAUGAUUAUUAUUUGGAUACUUUGCAGGAUAGAGAAGACAAAGAAUUAAAUAAAUUUUCUCUCAAUUCUGAACUUUUGGAUUCUGAGUCACUCACAGAACUACCUUCAGUUGAGAAACUCUCCAAUUGCAAGCUGUCUUCACCAUCUUUGUUUACAGAUAACAACACAGAAGGUUUUCACCCUUCUCAGCCCACUGCACCCUCAGUUGCUAAUGAAACCUCUUUAGCUUCUUCUUUACUGGAAGAAACUUCAGAGCACAUGCAUUCAGAUCUUGUGGAGGUCUGUCAUAAUGAAACCAUAUCAAUGUCUUCUUACAAAAUUUGGAAAGAUGAUUGUUUAUUGAUGGUAUGGUCAGUUUCUAGUAAGAGUGGUUUGGAAUUGAAAAGUGCUAACUUAGAAAUUGCUCCAGCAGAAUAUUUCAAGAUCACUGAGCAACCUGGAUGCUGCUUGCCUGUAAUAGAAGCAGAAAGCAUCAAAACCUUUCAAUAUAAUGUGCAGAUGGAGAAACCUUUUACAGACGGGAAUCUUACUGGUUUUAUAAAUUAUCAAAUGAUGGAUACUCAUUCUGAUCAGCUUGAAUUUUCUGUAAACUUAUCGCUAUUAGAUUUCAUUAGACCGUUAAAAAUCUCAACUGAAAACUUUGGCAAGCUCUGGUUAUCCUUCGCAAAUGAUGUGAAGCAAAAUGUAAAAGUGUCAGAAGCUCAAGCUGCUCUGUCUUCUGCCCUAAAGACCCUGCAACAGAAACUAAGACUUCAUGUUGUUGAAAUUAUAGGCAACGAAGGGCUUUUGGCCUGUCAACUGCUCCCAUCCAUCCCCUGCUUGCUGCACUUUCGAGUUCAUGGUGAUGUAUUGGCCCUGUGGUUCAGAUCCUCCUGCUCUUCUCUUCCUGACUAUUUACUGUAUCAGUGUCAAAAGGUGAUGGAGGGAUCCUAGCAGAAGCUCUGUUGAUAUUUUACUCCAUCAGAAUAAAUGGUUUACAUAGAUAAACUUAUUUACCAAAGUAAAAAGAACUCUUGGUACUUCUAAUGAAAAUGGGGAUUAUUAUAAGCUGUGGUUCUGUGUGUUUUCUUUAUGAGUCCUGAUCAAGAAAGGUCCCCAAGAAACUGUAUCCUUAAUCUUUUACUCAGGAUUGUACAGUAUGUUUGGGUCCCAAAAAAGUGACCUAAUGUUAUAAACUGUUAAUGAUUUAUAUGUCACUUAGUGUAGAGGGACUGAAAAUAUUUAUUUUGUUAUAAAUAAUUUUAUAGCAAAUUUACUGUAGUGUUAGUUGAUUUGUAGUAAAACCAAGUCUCUGUUCUCCACAUUAAUGGAAGGGAGAUGGACAUGGCUUUGAUAAUCCCAAACCUAAUUUGUAUUUGGUUUUGGAAUGCAGUAUUAGCUUUUUGAUAGGCAAGUCAUUAAUUUCAAUUAUGUUUUGCUUAGAUUGGUAUUGAACUAAGUUGGCACAGUACACACUAACAAUUCAGGAGAUCCAUGAGCAUGCUGGAUAUUGGGGGGAUUUAAUCUGUGAUAUAGUUUUUAUUGUGGAUAACUUGUUACACAUAAUUGCAGAUAAUUUGGCUACAGAAUUUGUUUUCCGCUUGCAUUUAUUUUUAAAAUUUAAAGUGAAUCACUGUAUUCUUAUUUUAGAAACCCAGAACCAUUUACAAAAUAUUGUCAUAUGGAAACACAACCCAUAAGAACACACAGUACUAAAGCAAAUAGAUACAAAAGAACUUUUUAGUUAUGGUGAAUAUCUUAGUUAUCAGUUAGGUCCAGUUAGGUUUUGUGAGUAUAAAUGGCAAAACCAUCUUUCCUGGCUUUUGAAUCCACUAGUACUGAGUGGGUACAACCAAAACAGUGACUGCUUAAGUAUACCAUACAAGUUCUUCAGUAAAAUUUAUCGUUUUCAUGUUAUAGUUUGCCUUUAUGGCCUGUGUCAGAACUCUUCUUAGUAAAGAAGAAGUUAGGCCUCAUAUGAAUGAUGGACCACCAUCUUGAGAUUGUAUGUUAAAGUUAAAAACCAAAAUAGUAAGUAUUUUAUAAAAUCUUAUGGUGCUGUGGAAAAUAUUUAUUAUUUCACUUUUUCUGACACUUCACCAUGGGGACUGUUCUAGUAAUAUAGUUUUAAGUCAUCGCAGUUAGUUUUCUGGUUAAUUGGCACUGCUUAUCAUCCAGGUGUAGAGUUUUGGUUUAAAUGAUCUCACUAAUCAUAGCUGAUGAAGAUUAUUAAGGGAGUUCCCCAGAGAUGAUGGAUUUCAUUAGUUUUUCAUGUCUAGUGUUUUCCUCCCUAAAAACAAAAGUACUAUUUUUAAAAAUUAAUUUUAAUGUUAUUCAUUUAAAAAAAUGUGGUAUCUUUUUAAUUUCAUGCUUUUAAAAACUUGCAGUAAAACCUUGCUACAAGAGCAAUGAUAGGUGACUGGAAUUUCCUGCUUAGAUAUCUUUAGGUAUCUCCUUUUGGGUAGAAAAUUAGAAUCAUCUUCAAGCUCCCAGCAGUGUCAUGGUGAAGGGAAAGAGGUUGGUCUCUCUGGGGUGUAGUAGACACUGGUGGCUAGACUUAACAGCUUCUUUAUUUCUACCUCUGUCCACAGCUUCCUGCCGCCCCCCCCCCCACCAAUUCUGCUCUUAUUCUGACAAAGAAAUAGGAUGUACCCUCUCACUUUGUAGAGAAAUGCAGUGUAUGGCAAAAGAGGUGCUCCAGUUUUUUCGUAUCCUUCUGUGCAUUAAGGCUGGGUUGAGUAUGGCGCAGUGGGUGGAAGGUGCCCAGCAAGCAAAUGGACAACUACCUAGGAGAGAUUACAGUGAGCUGCAGUGCUUCUUGGUUGCAAGGUUGUUCAUGAGUGGCAGCGUCAGUUGUCAUGAAGUCAGUUGUCAUGAUGUCUGUUGGCUUGGCCAACAGAGCUAUCUGAUGGUGGGAGAUGUGUAAUAGUGGGUUGCGGCCAGGGCCAUCACUCUGGCCUGCCAAAGGGAAAAUAGUGCCACUUUUGUUCUUUCUGAACUCACUAAAUGAAGAGUAGGGUAAGUUUCCAUGGAAAAAAAAAAGUAGUAGAGUUUCCAUGGAAAUAUUUAGUAGAAUGUUUACAAUGUUUAUAUUUUUACAGUUUUAAAGCAACAGUAAGAAUAGGUUUUAAAGAGUUUCAGAGCAGCAUAUAUUCUGCCUAAAUUAACUCAAUGUUUUAAAUUCUAAAUCAGGUGUCACCAGCCUUUUUUGCGUUGCAGGAGAUGUGACUACAACGUAGGGAGAAUGAUUUUUGUGGGUAGAUGAUUUCUUUGCCUUCUAGUCACAGUUGAGUCAGGUGAAGGGGUGGCAUCUGGAGUAAGGGCGAGGGUGCUACGCAGCUGUGGGAGUUCUGCGCCAGGCUCCUUCACGGAGCGUGCAGGUGGCAGCAAGUAUGGGUCUUGGGGGAGGUCGGGGGGGGGGGCACCUAGCAAAGCCUUAAGAGCAGGUGAAUGGAGUAGGAUCAGGCACCCACCAGAGUAGUCCAUGUGGAGGCGGACAGAUCGGUUCAGGGGAGAGUGGGCCCUGAGGCAGGGUCCUGAAACUGCAGAGGGAAGCCAAGCAGUUACGAAGCGCUAAUGUGCCAAGCAUGCCAAGCACAGCAUGUGCUCUGUAGAGAGGCAGUAUUUUAAACUGUAAAAUACUAGCGUCUACCAAAACAAUUGUGCUGAAGAUGCAGUAUUGUGCUUUUUCUUUUCUUUCAUGUCAGUAAUAUUGUAAAAUAUUGAGCUCUUUGUCUUCUUUUUUUAUGGAUAAAUGUGGUCUUUGUCUCAUGAUUGUGAGCCCCUGAAAGUGCACUGAACCUAUUCACGUGUCUUUAAGGUGUUUUGCUGUGUUAAAAUUUUAGGAGAGACAAAUGCAAGUGAGAAUAACAACCUAGUAGGCGUUAAUUACCUUAUUGUGGAGUUGAAUUCUGUAAUUGGAAAAAAUUCAGUUAAAUAUGUAAUAAAUACAAAAUGAUCUAUA